CAGUGUAAUCAACAGUGUCUCCCUCUUCCGGCAUUGACCGUCUGAGUUUGUUUUUGUGUUUUUCACACGAGAUAAUUCUGACAUAACCUCAAAGAAGACAUGGCCAAGUCAAAGAAUCACACAAAUCACAAUCAGAACCGCAAGGCUCAUCGCAAUGGCAUUAAGCGCCCAAAGAGGAAACUGCACGAAUCUACAUUGGGAAUGUGCGCCAAGUUCCUCCGGAAUCAGCGAUUUGCCAAGAAGGGAAAUGUUCCACGCGCUGAAGCUGUAAAACGUCACGAGGAGCGUGUCAAGGAGAACAAGCCUAAACCCAUUAAGCUAUAAAGGACUCCUUGGACGUUAAAACUCCUGAACAGGAAAGACAGGAAGUGAAAUAAAGGCGUGAAUGGAAAAAAAA